AUGGCGUCUGAUAAGGAUGCCGCCUCCGCGCCGCAGGUCACUAGCGAGUCGGUGGAAGGCGAAGCUCUUGUUUCGGACAUCAAACAUGCUGUGCAGGAUAUUAAACCCUCCGAUGCGGAGGAGAAUCAUAAACAGUCGGCACCUGGAGAACUGAAGCGCAAGCUCAAGAGCCGGCAUUUGCAGAUGAUUGCUAUUGGUGGAACUAUCGGAACGGGUCUGUUCAUUUCCAGUGGAACUGCGAUCGCAUACUCUGGCCCCGCAGGCGCGCUGAUUGCCUAUAUCUUUGUCGGCUCGAUUGUUUUUUCUGUGAUGACAUCUCUUGGCGAAGUCGCGACCUACAUUCCUAUCCCCGGAGCUUUUACCUCCUACGCUGCUCGCUUGAUUGACCCAAGUCUCGGAUUUUCUAUGGGAUGGAUCUACUGGUUUAAUUGGGCUUCCACAUUCGCCGUCGAGCUUACCGCUACGGGAACUAUCAUCCAAUACUGGGAUCCGAGUCUCAACAUUGCGAUCUUCAUUGGUGUCUUCUGGGUGUUCAUUACGGCCCUGAAUUUCCUACCGGUCAAUUUCUAUGGCGAGCUAGAGUUCUGGUUCUCCACUAUCAAGGUCGCUACCGUCAUCGGGUUUAUGAUCUUUGCUAUCGCCGUUGAUUGUGGUGUAGGCAAGCAGGGCUACCUUGGAUUCCGUUACUGGGAGAAUCCUGGAGCUUUUGCUACUCACCUUAUUGACCAGCCUGAAUCCGUCGGCAAGUUCGUUGGGUUCUGGGCUGUCCUCAUCCAAGCUGGUUUCUCAUAUCAAGGAACAGAACUUGUGGGUGUGGCUGCUGGAGAGACUGAAAACCCCCAGAAGACUGUACCUUCGGCGAUUCGCAAGACUUUUGUUCGGAUUCUUCUUUUCUUCGUGCUCACUAUCUUCUUUAUUGGGCUGGUAGUCCCCUACACCAACGGCAGGCUGACCACCGAUACUACUAAUGCCUCCGCCUCGCCUAUGGUUAUUGCUGCCGAUCUGGCCGGUGUCAAGGUUCUCCCGAGUUUGAUCAAUGCUGUGUUGUUGACAGUGGUCUUGUCAGCAGCCAACUCCAAUGUGUACAGCGGUAGCCGUAUCUUGACUGGGCUGGCACAUGAAGGCUUCGCCCCCAAGUUCUUCGCGCGUACUACCAAAGGAGGAGUGCCUUACAUCAGUGUCACAUUCACCGCGCUGUUCGGUCUCCUAGGUUUCAUGAACGUGUCCAACGAUGCGGGGCAGGUGUUCACCUGGCUCGUCAACCUGUCCAGUGUUGCUGGAUUUGUGACUUGGUCGUCGAUCAAUGCAUGCCAUAUCGCUUUCAUGCGCGCACUGUCUGCCCGUGGAGUCUCUCGCGACACACUCCCGUACAAGGCUAUUCUUCAACCCUACCUGGCCUGGUAUGGUCUUUUCUUCAAUAUCCUUGUCGCUCUCACACAGGGGUUCACAUCUUUUAUACCCACAUUUAACGUUAUCGACUUCUUCAUGGCCUAUAUCUGCAUCAUUGUUUUUGUGGUGUUGUAUCUUGGGCACAAGAUCGUUUUCAGGCCGGCUUUCGUUCGCGCGGCCGAGGCUGAUCUUGAUACUGGUCGGAUGCACUACGUGAAGGAGCAAGGGCCUCCGAAGCCCUGGUAUUGGAGAGUUUGGGGCUGGGUCACGAAAUAA